AAAGAAAGCUCUGACAAGUUUCGACAAAAAUGGCGGCGAAAGAGGAAGACGGCAACGUAAACGCCGAUGGUAAUCUGGCGGAAGCGGGAGAGAUGGAUGAGCUGUUGCAGGAAAUAUCGGACGUUCUUCGUUCUCAAGUUGAUAUUGCUUCGUUACCUCCUGUUCAUGAAGAUGAGAGCAACCUAGGCGAGAAGAAAGAGACCACGGACACGUCAGCUUCUUGCUCUCAAGGAGUUGAUAGAAGCAUCCACAAUAUUAGUAGUGAUCAAGAGACGAGUAAUGAGCAAGGAACCAGUACUAAUCAACUAUUCGCUGUUUCAUCUACUACUAGUAAUGUGCCUGUAAACUCGGUUGAAGCAACAUUUCAGCCAUCUUCUAGUGACAUAACAAAUGUUGAAACCAAGAGUGUGCCAGUAAAUUCAGGUGAAUACGAGAUGUUUUGCCGUUUUGGGGCGCCAACAAUGGAUGAUGCUUUGAAGAUGAGAUAUAAUUUAGUUAUCAACGAGAGUGUAACUAAAGCUCCUGUCGAGAAUGACCGUCCCUUGCCUGAUGAUGAAGACGUUACUAAUUCAAUUGAUUACACAUCUAGUGAGUAUGAUGAAACAAGAGAUCGACUUAAAAUGCCUUUCUCUCUACUCCCUAUAGAGAAUGUUGACGACUCAAAAGAGCUGAGCAAAAUAGAUCCCUCCUCCUCAGACCAUCUUGAAGCAGAACAUGUGCAGUCUGGAACUCAUGAGCCGGUGAAUCAGCCAAUGCCUACAAGACAAACCAUUACUACUACUGCAUCUUCACCUGGUGGUCGUAGCCUAUCGGUUCCCAUGACCAAGGCAUUGAUAACAUCCACUGACUUUGUACCAAAGAGGAACCAACAAGCCAUGAACCUACCACAGACACAGAGGAACCUACCGCAGACACAGAGGAACCAACAAGCCAUGAACCUACCACAGACACAGAGACCUCCUUCAGGGCAGUAUGGUAAUAUCACGAGACCUCCUUACUUGCCACCAUCAGCAGUACUACCAUUACAGCAACAUGGUGGUAGUACUACUAGUAACAUGGCGCAUUAUGUUACUAUGGUGACAUCUCCUUACUGGCGACCAGAACAGAACGCCAUCUACAACAUGCCUCCUCAGUCAGCAGCAGCAUUUCAGCAACAUGGUCGUAGUAACAUGAUGACAUUUCCUUACUGGCGGCCAGAACAGCACGGCAGCUACAACAUGCCUCAGUACUCAGCUGCCUCUAUGGUUCCUUCUGCUUACGGUUCUGCUAACACCUUUGGCACGUGGAGUGAUAAUAACCCAGCAAACUCGAGGUUUGGCUAUGAAGGUGGUGUCUCAAGCAACUACUUGCCAUCGAUUCAGCCGCAUCAGAGUGGAGACUUCAAUGCGUGGCGACCUAGUUCCAGCCACAGCCCACAAGAACAGCAAAUUUGGAAUGAUGUCUAUGCAUCUAUGGACCAACAAAACGAUGGGAGUGAUCCAUCUGACGAAACCCAACCAACAAAACGAUAGGAGUGAUCCAUCUGACGAAACCCAACAACGGUCACGGCCAAGAGACAACUAGAGUAAUCAAAAAUCAACCAUAUCAAUAGAAAUAAGAUUGAUGUUUCUCAAAAUGAUAAGGUUCAUAUAUUAUAGAAAAAGGUGUAAGAAAUGCUCAAAAUCGCCGAAACAACGUAAUCUGGGACGGCGAAAACGACACGUCGUGCCGUUUGUCACUCGCAGCUAGAAAGUGACAAGGUGUCGCUGAGAGCUGACAAACAAAGUUGACCCUUCAAUUGAUUUAUAUGAUAUGCACUAACUUGGUAUAUAUUUCCAUAGUUUAUACGUUUUGACCCCUUCAUUUCUAAUACUAACGUAUCUCACCCAUAACAAUACCAACUUGUAUGAUUUUCAAAUUUCCAAUAAUCUAAACAUUUUUCAUUAAUACUGAUUGACAGAUAGCUAAUAGCCACAUCUAUCAUACUAACUAUAGAUCCUAGUAAAAAUACAUGAAAUCACCAAAUCACUUAAUAAGUUAAUAUUAAUCUAAACAGAUUGAAUUUA